AGAGAGCGACCGAGAGCGAUAACCAUUUCCUCAUGUCUCAUGUCUCGAUGCAGUGCCACUUUAUCUACCAUGACUCCCUACUCUGUAUUUCUCUCGGCUCUUUAUGUAUUUAGUUUUUGGUUCAGAGGCCUACAAGGGCACCCAAUGGAAACCUUGUUUGUGCUGGAGGGAGACGAUUUAUCUAUGGUAAUCCAUGGACCGACACCUGUAGAUCAAUUUCUCUGGCGAGCUACAAUACAAUUAAAAAAAUACACUAUAUUAACAUAUCAACCUGGUACAGAGCCUAAAAAAUACUAUGGAAAAAGGGCAGAGUUUUCCAAAACAACGUUUUCUUUGCAAAUUAAAAACCUACGAUUAAAUGAAAGUGGACUUUACGAAGCAGUAGUUAUUUCUGCAACACAAGACAUUGUCGCUGAAUACCACGUCACAGUUCAAGAGCGGGUAUCACCAGUGGUCCUGAAUGUGUCGUCUGUGUCUCUCAGUCCUGAAUCCUGUAAAGUGACCGUGACCUGUAGCACUCAGAGCUCCUCCUUAAACUCCACCUUCACGUGCACCCCUCGGACCUGCUCUGAGGAUGGAGAAGACCCAGCAGAGGUCGUGACCUCUGAUGGCUCGCUCCAAAUCUACCUCUCAAAUGGUUUGAACGCCGUCUGUAACCAUAGCAACAAAGUGAGCUGGUCAAAGGCCACGAUGGAGAUUAAACCUCUGUGUUUUGAAGAUGAUGAUAUUCCUUACAUCAACCCACAGCAAGGAAAUCUAUUAAUCAUCAUUCCAUUCUUUCUGGUCAUUCUUAUUCUGGUUGGCAUUCUGGGUGCUAUUUACAAACAGAGGAAAAAGAAUAAACGGGAAAUAAAUUCUCCUGGUAGCGAUGACCUGAGUCCAAACGGUGACCAGUCUCCCACCGUCUACAGUAUGUUAGGACCCUCUUCUAUCCCUUUAGAACCCAUUCCCCGUCAAACAGCCUCUCCCGAAGGUAUUUAUGCCCAGGUUGACAAGCACGGACGUGCUUAGAAGGCUGCUGGUUCAAUCCCUGGCUAAUAGGCCCGUUCCGACUGAGGGACUCUUCCCUCCAGUGAGCCGCUAUGGGUGUGGCUUGGGGGACAGGAUGCGCCCAACUUCACAGUUUAGCGGUUCAGUUAGCGACUCAGGUAUCACCUAACUAUAGUCGAGGCUGAUUGGAUACGGUUGAGGCGGGAUAUGACGUUAGUUCGACGUAUGAUUAAGGCGGCAGAGGCGGAUCCGUCGGCCAAUCAGAUCGUGGCUAUGCAAAUACACUCCACACGUUUACUGGAUCCUUUUUGCAAUAACAAGCAGGAAGAAGCAGGAAAAAUCCGGCCGUUAUAUUUUUUUAAAGAAGUGUGGAACGAUAGGAUUGUUUUUAGUCACCUGUUGUUUGUGUCAUCUUUUGUAUUUAUAUCCACAAAACGGCUUUGUAGCGGGAAGCAAUUUAGUAUGCGUCUACAAAGACUAGUCCCCUAUACGUCAGACACGCCCUUAGUCACAGGUCAGCAGGUCGCAGCAGGUCGCAGCCCUGCUGAGACCUGCUGUGUCCUGUGUGCAGACUUGCUGCAGCAUUACGCGGCCGAUACUGGAGGUCUCCACUAGGGGCAGACCACAGUCAUAUCAGAUCCGAAAAUUAUGCAAAAGCAUGCGUAUUGCUUGCACAUGUCAAUAAACAACAUGGAGACGCUGGAAGACAAAGAACUGAUCAUUUUACUACUGUUAAGAGGGCGGCAGAAAAAUGCCUCGAAAGAGUGUUAUCAUACAGGUGUGGGAAAUCGCGGACUAGGUCCGACAGUCUCUCCUAGAACCUUUCCGCCAUGCUAAUAUAACUCCUGACCUCGAGGUCACUGUUUAUUGUCUCGAUCACCCACAUCUUUCUUGCCAGUAUUGCAUCUCGCGGCCGCAUCGUGUUCGCUUGCGACGACGUGCGCGACGGAAGCACCAAACGGUCGCAUGGUACGCAUGGCAGCCAUGAUCCGUACUCGUAUGCGUUGUCUGCAGCAAGUCAACUCCAGCCCUAUGACAAACUAAUUACGUCAUAUUUGAACUCCGUUGGGUAGCCGCUACAAAGGUCGCUGUAUGGGAACGGACGGCGAGGGGAACUCAGUGAGUGGGCGUAGCCAAACAGUGAGCCGCUUUCCAAGAAGUCCCUCAGUCGGAACGCGCCUUAUGUGCCGUGUGUCCUUUGGCUGGAGCAUUCCAGCUUCUGCUUUUGAUGUUAUUUGUACUGUAUUUUCUUUGGAUUGAUACUCUCAACUAUGCCUUUUGGUACUUCUUAUUUUGAGCAAACAGUUAACGGUUAACUAAAUAUAGGCCUAUUAAAAAUAUAUAUAUUUACAUUAUUUAUCAAUGCAUCUAAAUAAUCAAUGGUGUAAUGCACUUAAGUGUCUUUUGUCAUCACCUAACAUUGGAUCAAGUCCAUGAUUUUGGUCAAUCAUGGUUGAAGCAUGUUUAUGCAUUUUUAUUUUUGGUUGUCAUUUUCAAAAAAGUAUUAUAAUGCGUUAUAAUACAUGUUCAGAUUCAAAAUAUUUUUUAGAAAUGUAACUCGCAAUAUUUAUUUUCAAAAUAUUUUGUAUAUAUACUGUAUAUACAUGGAGAUACACAAUUUUUCAAAUCUAUAUGGAUAUAGAUAUGUAUGCAUAUAUAUAUAUAUAUGCAUAUAUAUACACACACAUGCAUACAUAUGCGUAUAUACUGUAUAUAUCUAUAUCUAUCUAUCUAUAUAUAUAUGUAUUUUUACUGUUUGUAUAUGUAUGUAUAUUUUAUGCAUUUAUUUUAUUUGUUUAUUUUUUAUUUUUACUUACAAGUUAGAAAUACGCACUCUGUAUUCUAGAGCUAAGUGGCCUUCCCUUAAUGUACGUCCCUGCUGGUUGGGUUAUAUUUAUAGAAUCCGCCUCGGACCGGUUCCUCAAUAACUGAAAUAAAAUAAAACGUUUCUGUUUCAGUGCUUUUUAAACAGAGAGACCGCAGCUUCCCUCCCCUGUUCAGUUGUAUUUGUUUACAGGCCGCUCUCGGCCUCUCAAAAGGAUGGCGACGGCGAUGUGGGGUCCAAAGUCCUAAUGUGGUUUCUAUGUAUUUAUGUUUAUGGUCUUUGUAGAGUGUGUGUGGUAGAUGGAUGGUCACCAUGUUCACAAUGUCAGCAUUCAACACCUGCUCGGCUCAUAAUAUUGUCAACUCUUAAAUAAACAGCUUUUACAGUA